GUUAGCUAAACAGCAUGACCUGCCUUCUUGUCCCAAUGACAGACAUUAGGGUUUAAGGUGUUGAAAAUAUGCUUUUCAGUGCUGUCUUUUCUUUAAAUUACAGUUAAAGGAACUGAAAAGGACUAACCAGCGUCACUAGAUAAGUCUGUAAAGAUGCCAGCUGGUGUGUCUUGGCCUCGGUACCUGAGGAUGCUUGGUGCCAGUAUGCUGUCCAUGUUUGCAGGAGCACAGCUCGUCCAUCAGUACUACCUGCCUGAUCUGAGUAUACCAGAGACACCUCCAAAGCCCGGGGAGCUCAUAACGGAGCUGCAGGGCUACAAACUCAGACAAGAAGCUGCUGCUGCUGCGAUGGAGGAGUUUAAAGCACAACACAAAGUGGACUGAUCUGGAAUUACACUUCCUCUGUGUGACGGACGCUCAAUCAGCACAUUAUUUCCAAUCUUUGAAGUUGCCACUCUCCUGGGAGUAAAGUCAUGUCUGGGUCAUCUGCAAAUGGAUAUUUUCUGUGCAAACAAACUGUUGGCGCCUGGCUCCAUGGGAUAAGGAUCCUCUCUGGAAUAAGAUGAUUUGCUUUAUACAACUAUUGUUAAUUUAUCGUUAUUGAAUGUCUUAGUACUUUCAAACCAAGUGAUGAAAUGUGUAAGAGAAUGCUUCAUGAACACACUGUAACUGUAAGUUAUUCUGUUCUACUCAAAAGGCAUUCUUUUGGUUUGGUUUUUCCCUAAAUAUACAACAUUUUUAUAAUAAAAAAUAUCACUCUAAA